GAGAGGGGGGAGGGCUACAUGCUAAGAACCGUAACUUCCCACUUAAACGUGCUUGUUUCCCGCUAUUUUCUUAGCGGCAAUUUAGAUAUAAAAAGAACAUUUUAUAUUUCCUUUAUGUCUAAUUUUGCGAAGCUUUUAAAGUACAAGGAUCAAAAACAAUAGAAAAUGUCUAAUCUAUUUGAAUUAUGUAGGACGCUAUUCAACAGCGAUUGCUUGUACGAAAUAUUCGGCGUAGAUAAAACCGCCAGUGCAAAUGAAAUUAAAAGAGCAUAUUACAAAAAGUCCCUAACAACACACCCAGAUAAAUUUACUGAAAGCCAGCGAGAAGAAGCAACAGCGAAGUUUCAAGUUUUGUCAAAAAUUUACUCGAUAUUACAGGACGAUGAUAAACGAGCCAUCUACGAUCAAACCGGUAGCAUAGACGAUGAUUUGGUCGAUGACGGUAAGGAUUGGUACGCAUAUUGGCGUUGCCUCUUCAAAAGAAUUUCUGUCAACGAUGUUAUGGAGUUCGAAAAACAAUACAAAGGGUCGGCUCAAGAACUAGAAGACUUGAAAAACUGCUAUGUAGAAUAUGAAGGUGACAUGGAUAGAAUUAUGGAUAAUAUGAUGUGUUCUACUUCUGAAGACGAACCAAGAUUUGUAAAUAUUGUUCAAGGACUUAUUAAAAAGAAACAAUUGCCAAACUUUGAAAUGUUUAUAAAAGAGGAUAUGAAGAAGAAACACAAGCGGAGUAAAAGAUUUGAAAUGGAAGCAAAAGAAGCUGAAGAAAUGAAAAAGAAACUUGGGUUGAACAGUGAAAAUUCACUUGAAAGUCAAAUAUUGAAAAGAAGAGCCAACAACUUUAAUAGUACUAUUGCUUCUCUUGAAGCUAAAUAUUGUAAAAGCGCUAAAAAAUAAUAUUUAUGUAAAAAUGACAAGUUAUAUAGUAAUUCCCUUUCAUACAUUCUGAAAGUAUUUUUCAUUCUCUUUUAUUUAGAAAAGAGAUUGUAAGUUAAUCAGAAUAAAGACUGUAUAGUUGAGUAAAUUA